AUGCACCAACUUCCUGGCUAUGUUCAGUAUGGACCAAAUGGUGAACCUUUAGUCUGUCAUCUGACAAAGCGCAAAUACAUUCGGGACCUGUUUGAUCGGAGUUCUUUGGCUAAUGCAAAGAGUGUUCACACACCGAUGGUAAAUUCCCCGGUGUUGUCUAAAGAUAAUGGUGAUCGCCUUGCUGAUCCUACUGAAUACAGAAGCCUUAUGCCAACUGGGGUCUCGAUUUUGAUGAUCGCCGUUCUACGACUGGCUACUCUUGAGUUACAAGUCCGUUCUACUGAUCCUCCGGCUAUUUGGUGUGACAAUUCAAGUGCAGUAGCAGUUGCAGCUAAUCCGGUGUUACACUCUAAGUUUAAACAUGUCGAGCUUGACUUAUUUUUUGUUCGUGAAAAGGUGGCUAGUGGUUCACUAGUUGUAAGUAAAGUGCCUGCCUGUGACCAAGUUGCUGAUAUCCUCACAAAACCUUUAAUGCUGUACCUAAUAGGAGAUAGGGUUAUUAGCUAUAAUAAUCAUGCUUCUACUUCUGUCACAAUUACUGUUGUUUUUAGCACCAUGGUAGCAAUAUCUGGUGCAUAUGCUUUUGGAAAUGCUUUUGUAGUACUUGUUGAAAGAGCUUGCAAAGUUGAAGAGCUUGGGAAAGAGAAGAGAAAGGCUGACUUUGAAGCUAGAGAUUCCCGUAAAAGAUCAUUCAAUAAGUCAUUUCAGUCGACCUCAAAGAAGUUUAGAGAUGACACUAGCCGUUCAAAGGCUACUGCAGGGUAUUUACGAUGGUACAGGGAUAGACCACCUGUAAGUUUGAGAGCUACUUCUGUAGCAAGUGUGGGAUCAUUAUAUUCGGGAGUGCCUGAGUUGGCGAAUCAAAACCCGGUACAGAAUACCAGAUCUGGUAACACUGCAGCUAGAGGUAAACCCUCCAGAAACAUGAGUGCUAUGAGUGGUAGUCAAAGAGGUACUAAAGGUACAGCUGUUAGAUCCGAGGCUCGUGCACCUACCAGAGUUUAUGCCAUACGCACACAAGGAAAGGCCUCAUCCCCAAAUGUUAUUACUGGUAUUUUCACUCUCUAUAAUACUAAUGUUAUUGCAUUGAUGGAUCCUGGUUCAACUCAUUCAUAUAAGUAUGUGAGAAAAGGUUGUGAAGCUUACCUUGCAUAUGUUCUUGAUAGUAGAAUGGCCAAAAAGAAGAUUGAAUCCGUGCUAGUUGUGAGUCAGUAUUCAGACGUGUUUCCCGAAGAAUUGCCGGGUUUGCCACCUACUCGAGAGCAAGUUAAAGCCGAGCAUCAAGUACCGUCUGGAUUACUUCAGCCGAUUAUGAUUCCCGAGUGGAAAUGGGACCGGGUCACGAUGGAUUUUGUAUCUGGUUUACCGUUAACACCGAGCAAGAAAGAUACAAUCUGGGUUAUUGUUGAUAGAUUGACAAAAUCGGCUCACUUUGUUCCGAUCAAGAAAAGAGGAAAUCAAAUUUGGAACGAGGGAAAUCAAAAGUUGUCGAAUAGUCUUCCGAUUCGUUCGUCUUCGUCCGAGAUUUUGAAAGUUGGUUACGAGCUCGGGGAUCGUCAGAGAAGGCUAUCACACUAUCGACUCCUUUCGGUGGGGUAUUCAUCACCGGCUAAAAGCGGCAUUAUGGAAGACCUUGGCCUUUCUCUAUCUGAGUAUGCAGUCUUUGGUUCCAUAUUAACAGUAGGAGGGAUGCUUGGAGCAGCAUGUAGUGGGAAGAUUGCAGAUCUCGUAAGCCGAUGAGGCGCAAUGGGAAUUUCAGAAAUUUUCUGCAUCACAGGGUGGUUUGCUAUAGUAUUCUCAAAGGAUGCUCUGUGGCUUGACCUGGGAAGACUUCUAUUUGGAUGUGGAUCUGGGGUUAUUUAUUUCCUUUAGCUGAUAUAUGUUAGUUUUUUACAGUUAAUGCUAUGCUGUGGCAAGGCAGUCAUGUUUAUUAUGGGUUCUCUGAUCAAUUGGCGCACCUCGGCCCUUAUAGGAGUCAUACCAUGUGUGCUACAAUUAAUAGGAUUGUUCUUUAUUCCGGAGUCUCCAAGAUGGCUGGCCAAGACUAAUGAAACGAAAGAGUUUGAAGCUGCUCUGCGGCGCCUUAGUGGUGAACAUGCUGAUAUUUCUCAAGAAGCUACGGAUAUUAGAUUGUACACAGAAUACAUAGAGCAGAUUCCAGAUGAAGGGCUUCUGAAUCUCUUCCAGAAGAGAUAUGCCUAUCCAUUGAUUGUUUGUGCUGGACUUAUGAUGUUCCAGCAAUUUGGAGGCCUAAAUGGUUUUUCAUACUACGCAAGUUUUAUUUUCGAAUCAGCAGGUUUUCCCAGCACGGUUGGAUCUAUUGGAGUAGCUGUUCUUCAGGUUAGAAAACCGAUUUUCAUGGCUAUUAUCGGAGUACUCUUCAUUGAUAAAUCCGGACGACGACCACUUCUGCUGAUGUCUGCAGGUGGAUCAUGCUUGGGUCGUGUCAUUACAGGAUUAUCAUUCUUCUUGCAGGAUUUUCAUGCUAGAAAGGAUCUAACUGCCACUUUGGUGAUUAUUGGAGUAUUGGUUUUUUUUCUUAGUUUUGACCUUGGCAUGGGGGGAAUUCCCUGGAUUAUAGUGUCUGAGAUAUUUCCUUCAAAUAUAAGGGGUUCAGGAGGAAGGUUGGUGAAUUUGAUAAACUGGACUAGUUCUUGGGUUGUUUCAUAACUCACUUUUCUUUUUGAAUGGAACUCAGCUGGAACUUUCUUUAUUUUUGCCUUCAUGGGUGCUGUCGGAACUGUAUUCAUCGGAAAGCUAGUUCCGGAGACCAAGGGGCGAACACUCGAAGAAUUACAGACAUAUUAAUUGGUUGGGAAAUGCCCUUCCACAUUGAAAUUUACAAAAUGUUACUUUGACUGCUCCUAUAAACACUUUAUCUUAAUAUAUACAGGAAUAAAUUAUAUUAAAAUAAUAUUAAAAAAAA